AUGGCGUCCAGCGAGCCAGGGCUGAAGCGCACAACUCUCGCCUGCAAUCCUUGUCGCCAGGGUAAGCGCAAGGUAAGUGGCCGGUUUCUGCAAGAUCAGAUUCAACGCGCUCAACGAGCACACAGUGUGAUGGCACGUAAGUAUUGGGAUGAAGAAUAUGUCAAAUUACUUGAAGAGCGAAUUUCUUUCUUGGAAGGCUUGACUGAGGAGGAUUCUGUGCACGGCAAAGGAUCAGAGCAACUUCACGAUCAUCUCGUCAACCCCAGGAACGACAGGAUUUCCUAUACCUCCCGCACGGGAGAGGACGAUGGAUUCACCACACUUUACAACAGUGGUGGCUUACUUGAUGAGGAAAACCUCGUAGUGUUCGGACCUCGCCCUCGGGAUGCUGCCAUCGAUGAAUUGUCUGCAGUCAUAUGGAAGCUGGAUAUCAACAGCGAAGGCUUCACCGGCCCUUCAGGAAAUCUUUGUGUUCCGGGGAUUACCAGUGGCGAUAAGGCUCCGGAUCUGAAUCCAACUUCACAAGUACAGCUUGCCUCAAGCCCUGUGAAUCUAAGCGAAGCCCCUUGCCCGCCAGACUGGGAUCACUUCUCUCACAUUUUCCUCCGCUUUGUCAACCCAAUCUUCCACUUCUUUGAGAAGACUAGCCUUGAUCAAUCUAUAGCGAGAGCACCGUCACACUCACUGGGGCAGCUGCUUCGUUGUGCCGUUGUGCUAGCUGCAGCGCUAUACUCUGAUCAGCCGGGUGUAGAGCUCACAGUCCAGAACUGCGUCGCAGUCACAGAGAGAUUGUCUUUGGUCUGUGCACGCGAUACACCUUCUGAACACCUCGUCACCGCCUUCUCUAUUCUGGCUCUUCGAGAACUGAGCGUCCGAAAUGCCAAUAUGGGAUGGAUGUACAAUUCCAUGGCGGCAGCCACGGUGAACCAGCUCGGCCUCCAUGCAACCAAUCUAACUGCCUCCGGCACCCUUACCGCGUCCGAAGUAUCCCUGGCUGCUUCCGACCGCGCGAGAGCGUUUUGGUCGUUUUUCCUCAUUGACAGAAUCGCCACAACCAUACUAGGAAGAAAUUGUACUAUUCCCAGGAAGCGGAUUAGUUCGACGUUUCCCACAAACAUGGGCCAGCAGAGCUCAGAGGCCGAAGAUCUGGCCUUUCAGUAUCAAUGCCGUCUCUGGGACAUCCAUGAUCGGUACAUGGACCAAAUUUAUAUCUACGACUUCCAAACCAUUCCCAAGAAGAAAAAAAUCGCGCUUCUCAACGAGGCCGAAAGCGUUCUGCUGGAGUUCCGAAGAAAUCUAGAUCCGUCAUGGACACCGACGAGAACCAGGCACGACUCCGGCUCGCUCAUCUUGCAGAUGUCUUACAAUAUGUCGCAGCUCCUCAUCCAUCGACCUUACAUAAACAACGAAUUCAAGUCGGAUGCGGUGUACAUGUCGGCUAUGACCACGGUCAGCCUCGCCGCAGCCACAAUAACGCGCCUUCUGGCCAUGUAUAUGAAGACUUUUGCGAUAUCAACGGCUCCAUUCUUCAUUUGCCAUCACAUUUUAAGCGCUGGUAUGAUUCACCUGAUGAAUGGCACAGCCAAAGAUGAGAGCAUCAGCCGACGGUCUUCGAAGCGGCUGAAGAUAUGCUUUGUUGCCUUGGAGCAGUUGAGACGAACGUAUCCUGAGCAUGCAAAGAGCUCCAUAUCUGCCUUGGUACGUCUGGCUGAACGCUGGCAACUUCUCUCGCUCAUCCCGAUAAAUUACUCAAACGCAUCUCUUCUGAAAGAGUCGUCCCCUCAUCUUGUGAAGCAACCAGAGGGCGCCGAAGAUCAAACAAGGAUCAGGGUCUCAGUAGAGUCGACUCCAACAGAUCGGUUCGACAUCUAUUUUGACGAUGCUUUCAGGGGGUCGGAAGGAUUGGGAUCCUGGAGAGAUAUGGGCGCAGAGGCAAGCCACGUUCUCUCAUCUCACAACUACGAUGUUGAAGACUUUGCAAAGAUUGAAGGCUUGGAGGGCUUCGACCUAUUUGACUGGUCGGAUGACUAG